CUGCAGUGUAGGCCCAGCAUAGCGCUUAUGGGGAAAACGAAAGUAGCUCAAUAAAAAACCCGGCGAUGGCGUCUGCUCACGAGUCGGACGAGGAAACUUUUUCUGAAAGCGAAUCAGAAGACAGCAAUGAGUCAGACUUUGAGUCGGAGAGUGAGCAGGAGUCAGAUUCAGAGGACGACAGUCAGAUUUACACAAAGCAACCCUGCAAAUAUUACAACCGUGGCGGUUGUAAGAACGGGGCCAGCUGCUCUUACCUGCAUGUGUGCAAGUAUUUUCUAACAGGAAGUUGCCGCUACGGGUCAAGCUGUAAACUCAAUCACAGUUUGGGUGGAAGGAGGAGAUCAUCUGGGGCGUGUGCCAGCGCCGAAGACCAAUCAGCAGCAAGCAACCCCCAACUUACUGAUGGUCGACCCUACCAGUGGCAGAUAAAUGGUGGAAAUGGCUGGAAGGAUGUUGAAAAUGAUCACAUUAUUGAGGCCCAGUAUUCGCUGCCCCACACUAAAAGCAUCAAAAUAUACAACACACCAUAUGGGGCGGUGUGUAUAGACUUCAUCAAAAUAAGAGUCUAUGGGAAGAACCUGAAGGUGAGGCGCCUGGAUGACGGCAACGCCGUGUGGAACUGGUACUGCACCUUAAGUCGGAAGUGGAGGAAGUAUGGAGACAAGGACUCGAAAGGCAAUCCGGGUCCGGUAAAAAGCUCCGACAUAGAGAGGAAGUUCCAGAGCAACCCGAAAAGCUCUUUUACUUUCACGGCCGGGGUGGAGACUUUUCAGAUUAAGUUUCCAGAAAUGCGACAGGUGGGAAAAAAGAAAAACAGGAAGGUGACACGACGACCUGUGUUCAGACAGCAACAAGCGAGAGCAGGAGCCGCUCUUCUAGUCGGAUCGUUCCAGACGCUUUCUGUGGGCACCAAACCACAGUGGCAAUUCGAAGGAAAAGGCGGAAACUGGCACAGCUUCAAACACAGGUCAGGCACUUCGUCCGACUGCUCCAUAACCAGUGACGACAUCGAGAGCAAGUACCAGCUAAACCCCACCGACACCAUGAAGUUCAAAAUAAACGGACAGCCCUAUAAGCUGGAUUUUGGAGCAAUGAUUCAGAUCAACCAGACAAACAACCAUAAACGCAAGAUCAGACGAGUGCUGGUGUGAGGAACAAAGACGGAGCUACUUUUCAGAAAGCAAACAAUUGUGCAAUAUUGUCUUAGUGCAUUGAUUAAGGCUGUGUGUUUUCCAGUUACACAGCUCUCCACUGGAUCAGCAUUUAAUGAUGUUUCCAGACAUGGUGGCCUGAUGCUAUGAAAUAUCAGUGAGGUUUACAAGUGAAUACAUGAAUCCUGCCUGAGAAUCCUGCACUAAAACAAUCCAACUUGUAAUUUGCAGAGUUGAUGUUUGAAUUUUUGAUCUUAGAGUCUCAGGUUUUCUUGUCUAUUUUUUUUUUUGCAGUGUACUGAAACCAACCACAGGUUUUUCAGAAAACCAAAAAUUCUUGGUUAAAUUAGAGGACAUGGAAUGUGAUUUUAGAAUCUGUCUAUGGAAGAUACGCAGACAGAUUCACUUGAUGCAAUAAAAAAAUGUACAUUAAAUUAGAUCAAUUCUGUUGUUGCUCAUGUGUGCCAUAUGCGCUAUAUGCAAUCUUUGUCGUUUUCACCUCUUUGCAUGGUGGUUGUCUCCGUUUUCUGUCUUCUGGUGCUGAUCUGAGAAAAGCCUCUGGUGAAGAUCAUAAUCUCUUUAAGCAGAAACAGAAAUAAAUUAAAGUUUCCAAUUUC